AAACAAUUCACCAGGUCACCAAAGCAAAGCAGGUGCCAGUUGAGGUGCGAACUGUAUCGCUGACAGCACCUGGAGGCCUCUAAGCAAGCAAGUGGUCAUCCAGAAGGACUUCUUUCCCCUAAUCAAGAGUCAGUAUGGGGGCCGGGGCAAGCGCCGAGGAGAAGCACUCCAAGGAGCUUGAGAAGAAGCUGAAAGAGGAUGCCGACAAAGAUGCCAGGACUGUCAAACUUCUGCUGUUAGGUGCUGGUGAAUCAGGGAAAAGCACAAUUGUCAAACAGAUGAAAAUUAUUCACCAAGAUGGUUACUCCCUUGAAGAGAGUUUGGAGUUCAUUUCUAUCAUCUACAGCAACACUAUGCAGUCAAUCUUGGCAAUUGUGAGGGCCAUGACCACACUCAACAUUUCAUAUGGAGACGCCGCUGCACAGGAUGAUGCCAGGAAGCUGAUGCACUUAGCUGACACCAUUGAGGAAGGCACCAUGCCAAAGGAGUUGUCUGAAAUCAUCCUGAGGUUAUGGAAGGACUCAGGCAUCCAGGCAUGCUUUGACAGAGCCUCCGAAUACCAGCUGAACGACUCUGCCGGAUACUAUCUAAAUGACCUGGAAAGGUUGAUCCUGCCUGGCUAUGUCCCUACCGAACAGGACAUGCUGCGAUCAAGAGUUAAAACCACUGGUAUCAUUGAGACCCAGUUCUCCUUGAAGGACCUCAACUUCAGGAUGUUUGAUGUGGGUGGUCAGCGUUCGGAAAGAAAGAAGUGGAUCCAUUGCUUCGAGGGCGUCACCUGUAUCAUCUUCAUUGCUGCACUAAGUGCAUACGACAUGGUCCUGGUGGAGGAUGAUGAAGUGAACCGAAUGCAUGAGAGUCUUCACCUGUUCAACAGCAUCUGUAACCACCGCUACUUUGCCACCACAUCCAUUGUACUCUUCCUCAACAAGAAGGACGUCUUCACGGAGAAGAUCAAGAAAGCUCAUCUGAGUAUGUGCUUCCCCGAUUAUGAUGGUCCCAACACCUACGAGGAUGCUGGUAACUACAUAAAGUUGCAGUUUUUAGAUCUGAAUUUGCGACGAGACGUCAAAGAAAUCUACUCCCACAUGACUUGCGCCACAGACACAGAGAACGUCAAGUUUGUGUUUGAUGCUGUAACAGACAUUAUCAUCAAAGAAAAUCUCAAGGACUGUGGUCUCUUUUAAACAGGCCACAUAUGGGACGAGUGGAGUGGCUCCAUGAUCAACAGCACCCAAUACUGGCCCAUUGCCGCAUGUAGCCUAUUUUUCUCCAUGGGUCAUGAGGAAUUGUCCGAUGCACAUACAUACCCACACAUAAGUACACACAACAGGAUUAAAUGGAUUGGAUCUAAGAAAGGAAACUAUUUUGAUGCAGUUAGGUCAUAAAUUUGAUUAAACACACACUAUACAUUGCACAAUUAAAUACCAGAAGCCCAACACAUAUUCAUAGCAGCAAUUAAUUUACUAUAUAACAAUUAUGCAGCAUAGCCCAGAUUGAAGACCUGGCUCGCAAGUAAAACUGGGGUGUAAAACUACAUGAUGCAGCUGCAAACCAAAUAACUUACCUUCAGAAACGCCUGCAUAUGCACUUCAACAUAAUAAUGUUUUGCAAGAGUCCACUAUGAAGUCCACAGUCAGAGUAUUUCAAAAUGACUAAUUAGCAUGUUAUAGCAGUUACUAACUGUGCAAAGUUGCUACUUUAAGCUGUUUGAGAAAAGUUUACUGCAAUACAAAGUUUAUUUUAUUUGCAGAGGAGUUAUACAAUGUUAUGUUCCAAGAUCUCAAUUAAUGGUGGAUGACUUUGAAAUGAUAGCAUAUAUUAUUACUUCUUUAUGCUGCUUAGCUCAGGAGCACAGUUAGAUAGCUCAGCAACAAAGAAAACAAUGUUUGAUUAAAUCAGAUCAAGAAACAUUGACUUGAUUAAACUACAACAUUGAUUGAAAGGGCACAAUUGCCUACAAAAGUUUAAACAACCAUGCAAAUGUAAACUAAAUGAAUAAAGCUUCUGUAGAAAGGAA